GCGCGGACAUAAUGCUCUUAUCAAUGUUUAUAUUUUGUUAAUAAUAACUUGUAAAAUUUCAGCUACUCCAAAAAAAAAAACAACAAUAAUUAAUAAUAAUAAUUAAAGUGUUGAUAAAUAAAAUUCAAUUGUUUACAUCAAGUUAAGCUAAACAUAAAAGAAAAGAGUUGGUUCACUUUGACACUUGAUAUUUGAAAGUGUUGUUUUUUUUUUAAAAAAAAUAUAUUUUUACAUAAACAAUUAGUUGGAUAUUUUAUUAUAUUAAAACAUCAUGAAGAAUUUAAUAUAUUUAAUUUUUAUUCUUGGAGUAGCAAGCAAUAAAGUAUCAGGAUUGAGUUGGGGUGGAAGAAUAUUAUGUUUUCAAUGUGUCAGUAAUCAGCCAGGAUGUGCUGAUGAUCAAAGUUGGUGGUGGUUUUCUGGUGAAUAUUGUCCAGAGGAUGAAGAUAGUUGUGUUAAAAUAAUUGAGACAAAAGGAGUUGAAAGAGUUAUCACGAGAGAUUGCUUGAGUAAUAUAAAAGCAAGAACAGAUAUACCUGCUGAUAAAUAUGAAGGAUGUCGAACAUAUGCCAAGGAUGUACGUCUUGGUCAUUAUGUCAAUAACAGUAUAGCCCAAUUAGAUAUUCAUCGUAAUUACUAUGAUCAAACUGAAUUUUGUUUUUGUCAUUUUCGUAAUCGAUGCAAUGCUGCAAGUGGCUUGACAAUUUCUGGAAUUUUAAUAACACUUGGUAUAAUCAUUCAUCAUUUUAUCAAUUAAUAUUAUUAUUUUUUUAAAUUUACUAUUAUAGUUCAAAAUGAACUAGUCCGUCCAGUGAAUCUCAGUGUAGAUUUAAAUAUAA